ACUAGUUAAACGCUCCAAAAAACCUUAAAGUAAGUUUUCACAAGUUUUAGGUAAAAUAAACACAGACACACACACAUACAUAUUUGUAUUGUUAAAGUUCAAGUAAGACCAUAUUGAAAUAUGAAUUAGUACGGCGACGAUGGUAGUUAAAUAUUUGAAUACUAAAUUUAUGCAGAGAAUUUAUGUAUGUCUUUAUGUUUUAUUAUACAGUGAUCAGCAAAAGUGAUCAAAGUUUAUCAUUUUGAACUUUGAAGUGAUAUUUUGUACUUAACAUAUAAAAUUUCAUAUUAUUAGUAUCAAGAAGAAAAAAAAUGUGGGCUGCGCUGGUUAUGUUGAUCCGAACAUAAUCAAGUUUGUCCUUUUUUAAUACCAUUACAAAAAUAAUUUUAGAGCACUAUUUCAAUAGUGGCUCUUCUUUUAGUUAAAUUAAGAUUAUUUCAUACUAUGUAUAAUAAUGUGAAUUAAUUGUAAAGUGAAUACUUAUGUUGGAGGAUCGAACCUCAAAUAACACCCAAUAUUAUAGUUACACUAUUAAAAAUCUCAAACUUCAGAUUGAGAUUGUAAUUUUCAUUAUACUUUUACUCAUCACUGUGUUUUAUUUUGUAUUACCGGUUGUUAAAGUCGCCCCCCAAAUGUAGGUGAAUCAUCGGAAUUUCGAUUUCAGACGUUUAAAUUUAUUUCGGAAAUUCUCAGAAUUAUUUUUAAAAUCAAAUCGGUAUUAAUACACGGGCAUUAAACUAAUUAUAAUGUUAAUAAUAAAUGAUAUUACUUUUUAAAUUUGCAAUAAUAAAUUAUUAUGUAUGCAUGUUUGUUUGUAUGUAUAUUACAAAACAAACAAAUCGAAGAGAAUAUAUUGAAAGAGACAAAAAUAUCACGUGAACAUUUGACACCGGAAAUAUCACUGCAUUUAAUAACACCUGAAUGUAGACUUUUUCACGAACCCCAAUUGGAGGUGGAAAAUCGUAUAUUUGAUAAUGAUCCAUUUUGGGCAUUCUAUUGGCCGGGAGGUCAAGCUUUAAGCAAAUUUGUUUUGGAAAACCCAGAUGUUGUUAGGAACAAGUCCGUUUUAGAUGUUGGCAGUGGUUGUGGUGCCACUUCUAUAGCAGCCAUAAUGAAAAAUGCAAAAUAUGCUGUAGCCAAUGAUAUUGAUGAUGCUGCCAGCUACGCUGUUCUGCUCAAUGCAAAAUUAAAUGGAAUAAGUCUAGAAAAGUUAAAAACUUCAAGUGAUAAUUUAAUUGGUUCUAAUAUUUCCGAAGAUAUCAUUUUCAUAGGUGACCUUUUCUAUGACGAAGAAAUUGCUGAAAUUCUUUUGCCAUGGUUGCACAAGUGUUGCAGUGAGGGUAAAUUAAUUUUUAUUGGUGAUCCCGGACGUCAUGGUUUAACGGAGAAUCGUUUGAAUUUUAUGAAAAAAUUAGCCACAUACGAACUAACUGAAAAUUGUUGUAUUGAAAAUAGAGGUUUUAAGUAUGUAAAUGUUUGGAGAUUUCAAUAAAGUUUAAGAACAUUGUUAUA